GAAGUCUCGAAGUGAUCAUCGAGGAAGGAUAAAUACCACAAGAAGGGAGGACGAGCAAACCACGAGCAUCGAAGUUUCUUAAUUAUUUCCAAGAGGAAAAAAAGCGAGAAGAUCGUCGGAGCUUGUCGUAGCCGGUGUCGCGACGGGGAGUACGCGACGCCGCCGGCGCGAUAAGCCGAAAAGAGUGCGGUAAUCGAGUGUGCGCGAAGUGCCGUGCCUCUUUCCUCGUCACUGUGGGAAAAUACAGCCGCUACGGUGGCUCAGCACGCAGAGUUCCCCGGCGCGGCCAGGGCGUUCAUGGCGCAGCCAAGGUACGACGAUGGCGGGCUGCACGGGGCCUACCUCGAGGGAGGUGGUGGCGGUGGAGGAGCAGGGCUGUACGAUCCACACGGUAGCGCCCGCGGUGUUCCGGGUCUUCACCACAGCCCUCACCUCGGGGGUAUGGGACCGGCCCACCCUCAAUAUCCCCCGCCGCCGCCUCAGCCACCCCAACACGUGCUCGCCGCGGCAGCAGCCGCUGCAGCCUCGGCAGUACCCGAUGUACACAAACGCGACAAGGACGCCAUUUACGGACAUCCCCUCUUUCCGCUUCUCGCAUUGAUCUUUGAGAAAUGCGAAUUGGCGACGUGUACACCACGCGAGCCUGGUGUCGCCGGAGGAGACGUUUGUUCGUCCGAAAGUUUCAACGAGGACAUCGCAGUUUUUUCCAAACAGAUCAGACAAGAGAAGCCCUACUACAUAGCGGAUCCGGAGGUUGACUCGCUGAUGGUUCAAGCGAUUCAGGUCCUUCGAUUUCACCUCCUCGAACUUGAAAAGGUGCACGAGCUCUGCGACAACUUCUGCCACCGGUACAUCAGCUGUCUGAAGGGCAAGAUGCCGAUCGACCUGGUGAUCGACGACCGAGAGAGCUCGAAGCCGCCGGAAAUGGGUAACGGGCUAGACGGAGGCGGUCCCAGGAGCACAGCCGACAGCACCAGCCACACGGACGGAGCUAGCACGCCCGACGUCAGGCCACCCUCCUCAUCGCUUUCCUAUCCUGGUGCGGGUGGUAACGAUGAUGCACGUAGUCCUGGAAGCGGUGGUACACCUGGACCACUCAGUCAACAAGCACCUACCAGUUUGGAUUCCUCGGACCCCGACGCCAUGGGAAAAUGGUGUCCGCGUAGAGAAUGGAGUUCGCCGCCAGACGCGCAAAGAGCGGCGAGCGAUGCUGCGCGUCGUGGCGUCCUUUAUUCCUCCGUCUUCCUCGGCAGCCCUGGUGACGCGAGCAACGCGAGUAUCGGCAGUGGCGAGGGCACGGGCGAGGAAGACGACGAUUCCUCGGGUAAGAAGAAUCAGAAGAAGAGAGGAAUCUUUCCGAAAGUCGCGACUAACAUUCUCAGGGCGUGGCUGUUUCAACACCUCACGCAUCCGUACCCCUCGGAGGAUCAGAAGAAACAACUGGCACAGGACACGGGGUUGACGAUUCUUCAAGUUAAUAAUUGGUUCAUCAACGCGAGGCGUAGAAUCGUACAACCGAUGAUAGACCAGAGUAAUCGAGCCGUGUUUCCACCAUUGUCCGCAGGUCCUAGCGGGGCGUACAGUCCGGACGCGACGAUGGGCUAUAUGAUGGACGGACAGGCGGCGAGCAUGAUGCACCGGCCGCCGGGCGAUCCCACCUUCCACAACCAGUACCAUUACCCGCCCGAGUACUAUGGACAUCACUUAUAAAGUAGCAGUCGCGUACCCAGAUAAAAACGGUGGAACGACGGUUCUUGCGGAUUGGAAAACGUAGAAACGCGUUGGGACCACCGUGCUCCAGCCGGCGAACCAGAGAGUCACGGAAGGGCGAUGCGAAUGACCGAAGAACGAGAAUAAUCUGCCGGGGAAAGGGGGAGGGGAGGGGGUGCGUCGAUAAUCCCCAAAGGGUAGACGUCAACUCGGAUCGUCAAGGAAGAGCGAGAGAGGGAGGGAGAGAGAGAGAGAGAGAAAAGAAGAAGAGAGAGAAAAAGGAUCUCUAACGGAGCGAAGAGUCUACGGGACGGAGGACGCAAAAGAUGGAAGAAGAAAGCCGUCAUCGAAUGAUGACGAUGGACGAGGAUUCUCGAAGGACGAAAAGGAAGCAUCGAAUAAGGUGCUAAAGAAAAGAAGAGAAAGGAAAACGCAAAAAAGAAGAGGAAGAAGACGAAGAAAAAGAAGAAGAAGAAAACAAGAAAAAAGAGAGAAUGGAGGACACGCGGUCGACGCCUGGCGAAAGGAGAAAAUGGCCGCGAGGGGAAUUCAUGUGAUUGUUCUUUGUACAAAUGUCGCGGUGUAAUAUUGUAGUGAAUGAAGAAUUUAAAUGUUAAAUUUUAAUACCGAUCGCAAUCGAGAUAUAAUUAAAUAUGAGAACGAGUAACGCGGUGAUAUAUAGGCAAUUUAGCGGGCAUGUACAUUAAACGAGGGGAUAGAUGAGAGAGAAAGAGAGCGAGAAAGAAAGAGAGCGAGAGAGAGAGAGAGAGAGAGAGAGAGAGAGAGAGAGAGAGGAAAUGAGGAAAAGAGACAUGAGAUUAAGAGAAUCAAGAAGGAAGAAUUCGGAGCUCGUGCAGGAAGGUUCGAGAAAGAAUAGGGAGAUAAAGAAGAAGCUAAGAAAAUACGAGUGCGUCCGUGUAUGUAUACAUGAACGAGAGUGAGAUAUGUCCGUGGAAACAUACGUUCGAGUAUAUAUAUAUACUUAUAUAGAUACGUAUGUAUAUAUCUAUAUAUAUAUAUAUAGGAGAGAAAAAAAAAAGGAAUUUUAGAAGAGAAACGCGGUGCGCGGUGUUUAAGAGAUAAACUAUAUUAAGAGAUAAGAAAACGAAAGGGAGAGAUAGACCGAAUGAUCGCAACGCGUGUGCCGGACUCGAGCGUCGAUCGUUUAUUUGCAUAUAUAUAUAGGAGACAUUUAAAUUUGUACAGUUAUUAAUUAUAAAUGAAUUUACUAAUUAAAGGAAGAAGUAUAUAUAUAUAUAUAUAUAUAUAUAUAUAUAUAUGUAUGUAUAUACAUAUACAUGAACAGAGAGAGAGUGAUUACGCGACCCACGGUUGUAAUAUACUGUAAGUGAGCGUCGCGAUCGAGACUUGGACGAUGAUCGUGUGCCGGUGCGCGUUUCGUAGGGGAAAAAAAAGCGAAAAAAUGUGAGUGAGAGAGAGAGAGAGAGAGAGAGAGAGAAAGAGAGAGAGAGUGAGAGAGUGAGAGAGAGAGCGCGAGAGAGAGAGAGAGAGAGAGUCGCACGAGGAGUGAUGAUAGUAAUAACGAAAGUUUAAGGGUAUGAAAGACCCUUUCCUCUCCUCUCCCCUCUUCACACACGCAUACCUACGCUCGUGCGCGCACGUAAGCACACACAGAGAUACGUAACACACAUACACCUAUCCUCGUUCUAAGGAUUAUUAACGAAAAGGUACAUGAUUACUUAUACACCCAUACCCACAUCUACACUCUAACAAAGGACAUACACCGACAGAUACAUAAUGCAUACUUACGUACACAAACAAACAUAAACAUACAGUUUAUUAUAAUAUAUUGUGUAUAAAUAGUUAAUUGAAUUGCGAAUCGAAGUGAAGGAAGAAGGGACAAAUAAGCCGAGCAUAAUUUGAUUGGGCUAGCCGUCCGAAGGACAGACGGAUAAUAUGAACGAGCUUACGAGAGAGAGAGAGAGAGAGAGAGAGAGAGAGAGAGAGAGAGAGAGAGGGAGAGAGAGAGAGAGAGAGAGAGAGAGAGAGAGAGAGAGAGAGAGAAAAGAAAGUAUAUGAAAAGAAAAAUCGUUUCUUUUUACGCGUUAGGCUGUUUAUUAUGCCGAAAUACGCGAUUCCUUUCAAAAUUUCCGAGCGAUCUCUCUCGAGUGUUAAAAGAAUCGAUAUAGUUAAGAGAACGAGUCGUUCGCGAACUUCGUAAUAAGGAGAAAAACAAAAAAAAAAAGGAAAAACACAAGAAAAAAGAAAAAGAAAAUGAAGAAAAUAGAAAAAAAAAGAAAAAAAAACAGAGAAAAAACGAAUAGAGGCGAAGAAUUUUUCACGCUUAAUCCUUAUCCUUUCCUUUGCCCGAGAAGAACGCUAAUAUUCGUGGCACAUUUAGUUUUCUCGUUACACAAUUCCUUUUUUCUUUCAUUUUGUUCACAGAAAAUGGACGAUGAAAAAAAUGUCUCGAAGAGAGAAAGAGAGAGAGAAAGAGAGAGAGAGAGAGAGAGAGAGAGAGAGAGAGAAGAGAGAGAAGAGAUCGCUAAGAAAGAACAAGCGAUUUUUUUUAACUGGCCCCUUUGGCACGACUAGUCCUUUAAACAUCCCUAUCCUCUUUCUAACCUCAUCCCUCUCGCCCUCACCCCAUUGUAUCCAUCCUUUCAUCGUCACUCCCAAACUUUCUUUUCUCGAAAACGUUCGCGUUUCCUUGAAAUUCCAAAAUAUUCGCGAUUUAUUUUGCGAUCUAUUAGAAGCACACGCCGAUAGUUAGCAUCACACACACAGACACACACACACACACACACACACACGCACAUACACAUAGACAUCUUUACAAACACAAAAGACGUUUAUUAAACUAGAUAUAAAAAUCGAGAGAGAGAGCAUCGCACAAUCACCUUCUUAGAGCCUGUAUUUAUAUCUCUUCCAAUCGCUUUGUCUCUUGGUAACCGACGAUCGGAGAUGUCUAUAUUUAUGUACGAAUCUUAUCGCGCGCGCGCAUCCUUGAUAUACGUAAACGAAAAAAGAAAAAGCAAAAAACAAAAAAAAAAUAGAAGAAAGAGAAGGAGCAAGACGAAAGAAAGGGAGAGAGAGAGAGAGA